CAAUCUAUGGAACAAUUGCAUCACUGUUUGUUUCUGGGGGUUGACUAAACUGGCGUACAGGCGGGUCUUUCUCAAACCACUCCGUCCUGUGUUUGUCUCUCAGCAGCAGAAAGAAGCGCUUCUCGUGAAGAUGUAGCUUCAGGACAAGUUUCCUUCUCUCCACCGAACUCUGCUCCAAAACAUUAUGGCGUCGAGAAGAGCAACAAUAGCACCAAGUGCUUUAAAAAGCACCGACGCUUUAAGCUCGAAAAGUGGGAGCAAUGCGAAUAAAACCAACAGCAGCGGGAACGCGAGGAAAAGUGUGAAGACAAGUGGAACGAUAGUCAAGUCUCGAUAUAUGCAGUCUGCAGAAAAGUCAUCACUUUCGAAGAGUAACUCGCUGACCAACGAGUCUAUGGCCGGGCCAAUGAGGCCUAUCUCACCUAAACCAAGUGGUGUCAGACCAAAGCUGGGUGUGUCACCAAGGCGCUCCAUGGCCCCACAGGCUCUUGCAACAUCCAUCAUGUCACGGGAAACGGAACCGUCGCUACUCGGGGAAAGUAUUCUACAGUCUACUUUCUCAGCUGGACCCUGCUUUCGACCAGAGUUUGAUAUUUCAGUCAUUAAAGAGAAAACAGUGAUGGAAAAAGCAGCAGAACCCGAGAGACACCCAGAAGAGGAGAAGAGGGACAUUGAGUUGCAAACGUUACGACUGGCAUACCUCACAGCUAAGAUGGAGAGCAAUACUGCAAAACUCAAGGCUGAGGCAGAGGCAAAGAUCCUGCAGAUAAUGGAGGAAGAUGAGGCGCUGCAUAAAGACGUCCAUGAGAAGAAGCGCCAGUACCUGCUCGCAGAGAAGAACAGGCUGAUGAAUGAGUUGCUGGAUUUGCAGAUUGCUGCACUGACUCCUGUGGCAGAAGCUGCUCAGCAGUUCACAGAGCACUACAACUCUUUUGCAACCGCUGUUGACGCCACCAGACAUGAGCUGCCUGUCAAGAACUUCUACAUUGAUGGAGACCGAAGGGAAUUUCUAGAUAAAGCUGAGGUUUGCCUGAAGGAGAGUGAGCAGCUGUUGCUGGGCUGUACAGAGGGAGAUUAUAAGGACAACAGCACCUCUCUUGAGUGCCUCAGGAACAUCAAAAUGACAUCAAAAGACAUCAGCCAGCAGCUUUCAGGUGCAUUUUCAGAGCUGCUGGAGCUGUCUUCAUCAGCCUGUCGCCAUAGUAUCCUCGUCCAGCAGGCAGUGGAGGAGGAGCAGCUCGGUCCUGCAAGAGCCCACGAGCUCUACUGCCCCAAACAGUGACAGAUGCCACACAGCAUGGGAUACAUAACAAAUGCACUUUGAUAACCCCAAUUCCCUUUGUGACAUUUGUGACAUUGAGUACUGUCAAAUGUUUUUGUGUGCUGUAUUAUGAAUUUGUAAAUGUAAAUAUGAAGUGCAAAACAAUGACUGAUACUGUGUAUAGAUAAAACAUUGUUAGUAAAUAGAAAACAAUAUAAACCAGAAAUAAAAAAAUCCACUCCGCGAA